CUUAGAGUUGGAAGAGACCUUGAGGGCCAUCCAGUCCAACCCCCUGCCAAGAAGCAGGAAAAUUGCAUUCAAAGCACCCCCGACAAAUGGCCAUCCAGCCUCUGCUUAAAAGCCUUCAAAGUAGGAGCCUCUACAGCACUCCGAGGCAGAGAGUUCCACUGCUGAACAGCUCUCACAAUGAGGAAGUUCUUCCUAAUCUUCAGGUGGAAUCUCCUUUCCUUAGUUUGAAGCCGUUGUUCUGUGUCCUAGUCUGCAGGGCAGCAGAAAACAAGCUUUCUCCCUCUUCCCUAUGACUUCCCCUCACAUAUUUAUACAUUACCCUCAUCAUGUCUCCUCUCAGCCUUCUCUUCUGCUUGUGCUGGGAAGUCUCAGAGGAAGUGAUUUCCCAUUAUAUCCCUUUCCUUCUCACCACUUCCCAGUUAAAAAUUAAACAGAUUUGUAAGAUAACAAAGCAUAUACCCUAGCAAUUAGCAGUGGAAAUGUUAAAAAUGGUGACACUUGCCGCCCAACAAUCUGCCCUGUAUUCCUGCCCAGAAAACUGUGAUGCAAAAGUUUUGUUAUAAUGCAGUAAACCCUAAAAGAAGCUUUUUCACUGUUAAAGGGGCCAUACAUCCUUGGUCAGGAUCAAGGCCUCUACAAAGUGUGUAUGAUUCCUUUUGUCCGUGUAAACAGGUUCAUUGUAUCUCUAUAAUAUGGACCCAUGAACACUUGUGGAUUGCUUUGGUAAGUAUGUAAAACACUAACCAAAAUGCAAAGGAAUGUAAGAUCUCAAUCCUAUAUGCCAGGCAUGGGCAAACUUCGGCCCUCCAGGUAUUUUGGACUUCAACUCCCAACCUGUCGGCUGUAAGGAAUUGUGGGAGUUGAAGUCCAAAACACCUGGAAGGCCAAAUUUUUCCAUUGCCUGUUAUAAGCUCUUCCCUUUCAAUAGAUGCUACUGAAAUCAAUACGGCUUGCUUCCCAGGAAGUGUGUUUAGAAUUAUGACCUUACAUUCCUUCCUCAAAGUACAGUAUUUGAGUAAUAGGUUAUCUUAUUUGUGCUUCUGUAAUAUGGGAUCAAACCAUCUGCAUCCUUUCUAAUUCAUGAGAUGAAAGGGCAGUCAAUUUUUUUUUCAAGUCCCAUGUCAUUUGAAAAGUCAGGCUCCAGCAGACACUACAUAUUUUAAAUAGGUUAUAAAUUCUAGUCUAGAUGUCAAGGAAGAAAACCUUACCAAGGGGGGAAAAACCCACUCAGAAAAUAUGCUGAUGCGUUCAUAUGAGCAACAGGGUAGUUGAUGGCUGUGAAGUGUUUUCGGAUUAUCUGUCAAAGGUCCGUCAUCUUCCCUCCACAUGGGUACUGCUGUAGUCAGCAGCCGUUAACUGCAUUUUCAUGUCAAACUUUUUAAAGUGACUUGAUCAAUAUUAAGCAGGAAUUGAGGCACUCUCUGUCCCAGUUUAUUUAUUUUCUUAAUAAAUAUUUGAUGUUAUAUUUCUACAGUUUUACAGGAAAGAGCAAAUAUUAGAUCAUAGCAAAUAUCCAAUAUCUACAGGCCACUGUAGCUAGACAAGGAGAUUGUUUUCCAUUCUAAUCAACAUCGCUCAUAAAUACUCUUUUGCCAUCAAUACAUUUUACUGACAAUUAAUGGCAAAAUCUUUGUCUGUCCCCCUCAUUCUCCUCCCACUUUGGAGGCAGGGGAGAGAUGAGAGAAAUGAAAAGGUGGAGCUCUGGAACUUGGAAGUCUCAAAACCCUCCUCUUGCAUCCACACUUUCCCCAGACAGCUUGAAUAGCUUUGGGACUGUGCUGCAAUCCCAUAGAUAUCAUGAAAAGCAGAAGGAAUGGUACCUUGGAGAGCUCAAAAAGCCUUUACUCCAGUAUCUCUCGGAGCACAGAUCUAUCAUACAGUGAAAGUGAUUUGGUCCACUAUAUUCAAGAGAACUUUAAGAAGAGAGAGUGUGUCUUUUUCUCUAAAGAUGCCAAGUCAAUUGAUAACCUGUGCAAAUGUGGGUACUCCAAAUCACAACAUAUAGAAGGGACUCAGAUGCACAACAAUGAAAAAUGGAAUUAUAAGAAGCACACGAAAGAAUUUCCCACAGAUGCCUUUGGAGACAUUGAAUUUGAAAACUUAGGCAAGAAAGGGAAGUAUAUCCGCCUCUCAAGUGACACUGAUUCUGAAACACUCUACAACCUCAUGACCCAGCACUGGCAACUGAAAACACCCAACCUCAUCAUUUCUGUCACAGGUGGAGCCAAGAAUUUUGCUUUAAAGCCACAUAUGCGCAAGAUUGUCAGCAGGCUCAUCAACAUUGCACAGUCUAAAGGGGCCUGGAUAUUCACUGGAGGAACUCAUUACGGAUUGAUGAAGUACAUUGGGGAAGUUGUAAGAGAUAACACUAUCAGCAGGAGUUCUGAAGAGAAUGUGGUUGCCAUUGGCAUCGCUGCUUGGGGAAUGGUUUCUAACCGCGAGAGCUUGAUCCGAAACUGUGAUGCUGAGACAUAUUACUCAGCACAUUACAUCAUGGAUGACCUCAAGAGGGACCCACUGUACUGUCUGGAUAAUAACCAUACGCACCUAAUUCUGGUUGACAAUGGCACACAUGGAUACCCAGCUACAGAAGCCAAGCUCCGAACUCAGUUAGAAAAAUAUGUCUCUGAACGCAUUAUUCCAGAUUCCAAUUAUGGGGGGAAGAUUCCAAUUGUGUGUUUUGUCCAGGGAGGAGGAAAAGAAACUUUGAAAGCAAUUAAUACAGCAAUGAAGAGCAAAAUCCCCUGUGUGGUGGUAGAAGGUUCAGGGCAGAUUGCUGAUGUGAUUGCCAGUUUAGCAGAUGCAGAAGGCACCCUCACCUCCUCCUCUGUCAAAGAAAGAUUGCUCCGAUAUCUGCCACGCACUCUUUCUAGGCUCACUGAAGACGAGAUUGAAAGUUGGAUCAAAUGGAUCAAAGAAGUACUUGAAAAUCCUCAUCUUCUAACUGUGAUUAAAAUAGAAGAAGCUGGAGAUGAAAUUGUGAGCAAUGCCAUAUCCUAUGCUCUUUAUAAAGCUUUCAGUACAAAUGAACAAGAUAAAGACAACUGGAAUGGGCAAUUAAAAUUGCUUUUGGAAUGGAACCAGCUGGAUCUGGCAAGCGAGGAGAUUUUUACAAAUGAUCGACGUUGGGAGUCUGCUGACCUUCAGGACGUCAUGUUUACAGCCCUGGUGAAAGACAGACCCAAAUUUGUUCGGCUCUUUCUGGAAAAUGGCUUGAAUUUACGGAAGUUUCUCAGUAAUGAUGUUCUAACUGAGCUUUACACCAACAACUUCAGUAGCCUGGUGUUUAAGAAUCUACAGAUUGCGAAAAACUCAUACAAUGAUGCCCUCCUUACAUUUGUGUGGAAGAUGGUGGAGGAUUUUAGGAGAGGUGUCAAAAAAGAGGAUAAAAAUGGAAAAGACGAUAUAGAGCUACAGCUGCUGGAUGUUACUCUUAUUACAAGACACCCCUUGCAGGCCCUCUUUAUUUGGGCAGUCCUUCAAAACAAAAAGGAGCUAUCCAAAGUUAUUUGGGAACAGACGAGAGGCUGCACGUUGGCAGCAUUAGGGGCAAGCAAACUCCUGAAAAGCUUGGCUAAGGUUAAGAAUGAUAUUAAUGCUGCAGGGGAAUCGGAGGAGCUGGCCAAUGAAUAUGAAACACGAGCUGUGGAGCUGUUUACCGAAUGUUACAGCAGUGACGAAGAACUGGCUGAACAGCUCCUUAUAUAUUCCUGCGAGGCCUGGGGUAGAAGCAACUGUCUGGAACUUGCGGUGGAAGCCAAGGACCAACAGUUCAUUGCUCAGCCAGGAGUCCAGAAUUUUCUUUCCAAACAAUGGUAUGGGGAAAUCUCUAGAGACACCAAGAACUGGAAGAUCAUCCUGUGUCUGUUCCUUUUCCCAUUAAUAGGCUGUGGAUUCAUCUCCUUCAGGAAGAAGCCAAUUGAGCGGAGCAAAAAACUGUUGUUCUACUAUGCCUGGUUCUUCACAUCACCCUUUGUUGUCUUCUCUUGGACAGUCAUCUUCUACAUUGCCUUCCUCUUACUGUUUGCCUAUGUUUUACUCAUGGAUUUCCAGAAGUCACCCACCAUGCUGGAACUGAUCCUCUAUGUGCUGGUCUUCAUCCUGCUUUGUGAUGAAGUGAGACAAUGGUAUAUGAAUGGUAGUAAAUACUUCUCAGACAUGUGGAAUGUCAUGGACAGCCUUGGAAUUUUUUACUUCUUGGCAGGAAUAAUAUUCAGGCUCCACUCUUCAAAUGAAACCUCUUGGUAUUCUGGCAGAGUAAUUUUCUGUCUUGAUUACAUUAUUUUUACUCUCAGGCUGAUCCAUAUUUUCACAGUAAGCAGGAACCUUGGCCCCAAAAUUAUCAUGCUUCAGAGGAUGCUGAUAGAUGUCUUCUUCUUCCUCUUCCUCUUUGCGGUGUGGAUGGUGGCCUUCGGUGUUGCCAGGCAGGGGAUAUUGCGGAAGAAUGAACAGCGCUGGGAAUGGAUUUUCCGAUCAGUCAUCUAUGAGCCUUACCUUGCCAUGUUUGGUCACUAUCCGACUGACAUUGAUGGUACUACAUAUGAUUUUGAUCACUGCACAUCUGUAGGAAAUGAAUCCAAGCCUUUGUGUGUAGAGGUGGAUUCCAACAACAUCCCUCGAUUCCCAGAGUGGAUCACCAUUCCACUAGUGUGCAUCUACAUGCUCUCGACCAAUAUCCUCCUGGUUAACUUACUAAUCGCCAUGUUUGGCUAUACAGUUGGAUCAGUUCAAGAGAACAAUGACCAAGUGUGGAAAUUCCAGCGCUACUUUUUGGUUCAGGAAUACUGCAGCCGAUUGACUAUACCUUUCCCCUUUGUCAUCUUUGCCUAUAUCUACAUGGUCAUGAGAAAGUUUUUAAAAUGCUGCUGCAAAAAUGAAGCAAAACAACCAUCCAUUUGCUGUUCAAGAAAUGAAGAUAAUGAAACUCUGGCAUGGGAAGCUGUCAUGAAAGAAAAUUAUCUCGUCAAAAUCAAUACGAAAGCUAAUGACUCAUCAGAAGAAAUAGCCCAGCAGUUUAGACAACUGGAUAUCAAGCUAAACGAUAUGAAAUGUCUUCUGAAAGAUGUUGUCAGCAAACUCAGAUGAAAGCAGCUUGGAUCUGGGAGGACUCUUCUGAAUAAACAAGAACAAUUGUUCCUUGUUGGGUGGGAAGAAUGGCUUUCCUCAUAUUUCUUCUUUUCUUUUUAACCAAGGAAAUUGUUUGUUGAAUAACUCCUAAGAUAAUUUAUUUUAGUACAAAUUUUCAGUGUGAUGUAUCAUUGCAAGACUGAAGUCCAGAAGCAUUACUGAAUGUUGAAAAUAUUUGCUUGUGGUGUCAAUGUAAGCUUAUAGAGGUUUUAACUUAGACCUCAUCAAAAUGGCCCAUGGAUCCGCCCUGCAUUGGGGCAAAUCCACUGGCUCCCGGAGGGGGGCAUGGGGCGGCAGCUUCUGCACUUUACCUUGCCUCUUAUCCCAUUGCCUGCUUUCUCUUUUUGGCAUGGAGCCUGACCAGAAGUGUCUGUACGUCGUGUGAAGGACUUUGUGUGGAAAAUGGAGGUGAAGCAGCAUACACAGGCAAACCGGCCCAUCUGAUGAAGUAGAAAAUGGAUAUCUAAUAAUCCAUAACUACCAGGCAUAAAAUCAUGUCAAACCACCGCAGAUUACCUUGAUUUUUGACAGUUGUUGGAGUUUGGUAACAAUGGCUACAGCUAAUCAGUUAUCCACACAGUUAGAUAAUUGUGGUUUUAAGCAUAUGGCAGAUAGAAGUAAGAGGAAGCAAAUCAGUCCUUUUCACCUGUACAUCCCUUGGACCGCUUUCAGUGUGGGGUUCCAGCUUUCAAAUCCCAUUUCUAAACUCUUUUGAUUAGAAGUGCUUCUGUGGAGGAACCAUAGCUUCAUUUACGUUUUGGCACCCCCAUUCAGCCACUCCUCACAUUUUAGGUUAUCAAGGAUUCAACCUGAAUUCAAGAUUGCUUGCUAUUAGUGAUGUUGUUAAGAGUUGGAAAGCUUCAAGAAGAACUGAUAACUAUAUUUAAUGAGAUUUUUACAAUUUGAGCCAACUAAAUUAAUUAAUUUGCAAAUAAGGUAAAGACCAUUUCAGGUUUCCAAUCAUAGUCAUAAGUUCUCAUGCAAAAGCCUUGUCAUACCACUUUCUGCUUGUUGACAGAAUACUUGUACAGGCAUGACCAAAACUCUUGAAUUUAUUUUGUUUCCGUAUGCAUCUAUUUAUUUGUAAAUAACUGUACUUCUGCUUUUCUGCUUUAAACAGAGACACCCAAGGUGCUAUAUAUGAAAAUAACAUAUAUUUAACACUAACAUUUGAUUACUCUGUUGUGUCUACACUGUAAAAUUAAUGCAGUUUGACACCACUUUAACUGCUAUGGCUCAAUGCUAUGGAAUCAUAGGAGUUGUAGUUAUGCAAAGUCUUUAGACUCCUAUUCAAAGAAUGCUGCUGCCUCAUCAAACUCCAGCUCCCAUUUUUUCAUGUCAGGAGAGACUUGAGAAAUUGCAAGUCAGUUGCUUCUGGUGUGAGAGAAUUGGCCGUCUGCAAGGAUGUUGCUUAGGGGACGCGUGGAUGUUUUUGAUGUUUUUACCACUCUUGUGGGAGGCUUCUCUCAUGUCCCCGCAUGGGGAGCUGGAGAUGGACAGAUAGAACUCAUCCGCACUCUCCCCGGGUUGGAUUCGAGCCGGCAACCUUCAGGUCAGCAACCCAACCUUCAAGUCAGCAGUCCUGCCGACACAAGGGUUUAACCCAGGGGUCCCCAAACUAAGGUCUGGGGGCCACAUGCGGCCCAUCGAAGCCAUUUAUCCAGCCCCCACAGCACAAAGGCAGAAGGGGGUUGGGCUAAAUGACCUAAGGGUUCUCUUCUUCUCUUCUAUUAUUAUUAUUAUUAUUAUUAUUAUUAUUAUUAUUAUUAUUAUUAACAUUGAGGCGGAGAGGCCAUCUGUCAGGGGUGCUUUGUUUGUGCUUUUGGUGCAAAAAGGCAGAAGGGGGUUGGACUUAAUGGCCCAAAGGGUCUCUUCCAACCCUCUUUUUAUUAUUAUUAUUAUUAUUAUUAUUAUUAUUAUUAUUAUUAUUAUUAUUAUUGCUUGGUGGCCAACUAUAGUCCUGCCCUCCAAUGGUCUAAAGCAGAGGUCCCCAAACUAAGGCCCGGGGGCCGGAUGCGGCCCAUCAAACCCAUUUAUCUGGCCCCCACGGCACAAGGGCAGAAGGGGGUUGGGCUAAAUGACCCAAGGGGUCUCUUCUUCUCUUACAACCAUUAUUAUUAUUAUUAUUAUUAUUAUUAUUAUU